CAUGUUCAUAAACAAGCUGAUGUGUCGAGCGUGUGCAAGAAUGCUGCUCUAUAUACAAAAACGCUCACAGCUCUUCUCGUUGCAUACACACACACAUUUGAGCUCUACGGUCAGUUUGGAUCACGACCAUGGAGCCAGUGAAGCUUGUGACGACGGCGGUUCCUGAAAACAGCAGCUCGUCGCUCCAAUCCGACUUCUUCACGUCCGCCGAGUUUGCCGCCAUCCGCCUCAUUGUCCCGCCGUACAUCUUCACUGUAUCCGUGCUCGGCCUCCUCUUGAACGCCUUCGUCCUGUGCGUGUUCCUCGCUCACAAGGAUCGACUGACCGUGGCAGAAGUCUACCUGAGCAACCUGGCCGUUGCCGACUUUGCGGUCCUUUGCGGCCUCCCCUUCUGGGGCGCCAACAUUCUCAACGACUACAACUGGUUGUACGGCGACACCUUGUGCAAAAUGGUCAACGGCGUCAUUAUGGUGAACUUCUACACCAGCGUCUACACCCUGGUGAUGAUCAGCGUCGACCGCUAUCUGGCCAUCGUGAGGACCAUGAAGGCGAGGUGGCUGCGACGGACGCGGUACGCUAAGGUUACCUGCGUCUUCCUGUGGAUUUUAGGGUUCUUGCUCAGCACGCCGACCGUGCUGCACAGAAAAGCAACCUACAAUGAGGAAUUCCAGAUCACCGCCUGUCUAUUGGACUACGGAAUUUCCUGGAAGUUAGCCAAUCAGCUUCUUCUGAACAUUGUUGGCUUUGUCCUGCCUGCUCUGGUGAUCGUCUUCAGCAGCAGGGCUAUAAUCAAGGCUUUAGCUCAGAGGAAAGAUACCGUAGGCCUCCACGACGUCAACGACACAAAGGCCUCGGUGUUGUUGUACGCCGUUACGGUGCUCUUCAUCCUCUGCUGGGGGCCCUUUCAAGUCUUCACCUUUUUCGACACCCUCUGCGACGUCCAUGUACUAGAUGUCAAACUGUGGUCCCACGCUUUGGACAUAGGAGGGCAAGUUUCUGCCUAUAUCGCAAUACUUAACAGUGCCCUGAACCCUCUGUUGUACGUCCUAUCAGGGCAAUAUUUCAGGAAGAAAGUUAGCGCCAUCUACAGGAGGACUCUACAUCAGCGCAGAGGAUCAGACAUGACCACAUAUCAACGUUCUGUCGUGUCCACGUACAUUCAGAGGCCCGAGCAGAUAAAGCCAGUCGUCAUUUAAGAUGUUGGGGAAAAACGUUGGCCAAUUUCUGUUGCUGAGCAAAGUAGCAGCAGUCAAGCAAUCACUGAAAGGGGACCCAAUAUGAUUUUAAUCUACAUUUAAAACACUUAUACUGGACAUGCAUAUAUACAAUACACAAUACAUACAUUUAAUAUGCUUUGGUGUACAUUGUGCGCAAAUUUUGCUCAACAGUCACUUUUAUAAAUAGUUUUUUUUUA